AUAUGAAUCCGUUUUUCCCUUCCCAAUGGCAAUUAUCAACACCCUGAAGAAAGUAAAGGCAAAGGCAUGCGGUCGCCUCCUUUACUCAUAUUACAAAGACUUCAAGAUUUUGACUCCGAUUGUUGAAAUGUGAAAAAUUUACUCAUCUCCAGAAAUUAAAAAUCAAAGCUCCAACUAUCUAUGUCUAGUUAAGGGACAUAAUCACAAAAAUUGCAGCAAUGUUCCAAAUUUUUCUUCUUCUGAGUUCAAUAUCUUCUCUAGCAAUUGCUCAACAAAGUAUCAUCACCCUAGGUUCAUCUCUCAGUCGCAGAAAUAUCUCUUAUUGGUCUUCAGAAUCUGGUCAUUUCGCCUUUGGUUUUUACCCACAAGGAGUUGGCUUUGCUAUAGGCAUAUGGUUGCCGAGAAUCCAUCAGAAAACUGUCAUUUGGACAGCUAACCGUGAUGACCCUCCUCUGGCCAAGAAUUCUACUUUGAUCUUAAAUGCUCAAGGUGAACUCAUUCUGCAGCUGCAGGGAAGUGAAUCCAAAUCCAUUGCAAAUAUUCCCAAGCCUGCUUCCUCAGCCUCCAUGCUCAAUUCCGGCAACUUCGUACUUUAUGAUUCGGAUUCUAAGAUCAUAUGGCAGACUUUUGAUGCUCCCACAGACACCAUCUUACCAGGGCAGAGUCUAGUGGCUAGGGAACAGCUGGUGAGUAGCAUCUCCGACACAGUUCAUUCGAGUGGAAGAUUUGCGAUCAGGAUGAGAAUCAACGGAAAUCUGGUUAUGUUUCCGGUGGAAUAUCCAGAUCAAUUUGAUUACUUUUACUGGAGAUCGCGUACAGCAUAUGCUGGAGGUAAUGUGAAGCUGAAUUUUGAUAAAAAUGGUCUGCUGUACUUGCUGGAUACUAACGGGAAAAAUAUAAGGAAUCUAAGUAACAGCAUAACCAUAUUUGGUAAAGCUAUGUAUCGUGCAACGAUUGAUGCAGAUGGAAUAUUCCGAUUGUAUUCACAUAAUUUGGAUGGGCACAGCAACUGGACAGUGGAAUGGCAGUCAUCUGAUAACAAGUGUGAUCCCAAUGGUUUGUGCGGUUCAAAUGCUUAUUGUACUCUGGUAGAUCAGGUGGCUGCAUGUGCUUGUCCUCCUGGUUUUGAGUUUAUUGACCAAAGCCAAAAGAACCUGGGAUGUGGGCCAAAUUCAAGUGCAGAUGGUUGCACGAAUACUCGAGAGAGUGGUUUUACUUUUGAAGAAUUGGAAGGCAUAUCAUGGGCCUCUCAAUCAUAUUCUACUCUUCCAUCUGCUACAAGAGAAGCUUGCAGAGAGGAGUGCUUAAAAGAUUGUUACUGUGAAGCUGCUGUAUAUGGGAGCCAACAGUGCAAAAAGCAUGUGCUUCCAUUAAAAUUUGGGAAAGCCCAAGGAAAUUCAUCAAUGACAACAUUCAUCAAAGCAAGGAUUGCUGAUUUGGGGAUGAAAACUGGGGGCAGUAAAAGAAAGAAAGAGCUAAGAACAGAAGGCGUCCUAAUAACUUGCAUUGCAGUCUCAACACUUGCAUCACUAGCUCUGGUGAUUUUUGGUAUUCUUUUCUGCAGACACCGAGUUCGAAACCAUAAAAAGAUAGAUCAGGGAAAUGAUGCACUAUUUGAAGAUAUUACUUUGCGAUCUUUCACAUUUGAUGAGCUGAAUGAAGCAACAAAUAAUUUCAAGGAUGAACUUGGUAGAGGAGCUUUUGGGACAGUUUUUAGAGGGGUGAUGUCAAAUGGCAUUACAGUGGCUAUCAAAAGGCUAGAGAAAGUGGUGGCAGAAGGUGAAAGAGAAUUUCGAAAUGAGAUGAAAGCAAUAGGGAGAACACACCACAAAAACCUCGUUCGACUAUUUGGUUAUUGCCAUGAUGGAAUCAACAGGCUCCUCGUUUACGAAUACAUGAGCAAUGGCUCACUUGCAAACUUUCUGUUCAAAUCAGAACAAAAACCAGCUUGGGAGGAAAGAAUUGAAAUAGCCCUGAACAUAGCUCGAGGCAUUUUUUAUUUACAUGAAGAGUGUGAGACCCAGAUCAUCCACUGUGACAUCAAACCAGAAAACAUACUAAUAGAUGAGAGAGGUGGUGUGAAAAUUGCAGAUUUUGGUUUGUCCAAGCUGCUAAUGCCCAACCAAUCCAAGACAGAUACUAGAAUAAGAGGAACCAGGGGAUAUGUUGCACCUGAAUGGCACAGAAACUUACCCAUAACUGUUAAAGCAGAUGUUUACAGCUAUGGAAUCAUGUUGUUAGAGAUCAUAUGUUACAGAAGGAAAUUAGACGUGCAUGUUCCAGACAAUGAAGUAGUUCUUGCAGACUGGGUGUAUGAAUGUUUUGAGGCUAAUAAGCUUAGGAAGCUGGUCCAACAUGAAGAUGUUGAGGAGAGUGAACUUGAGAAAAUGGUGAAGGUGGGACUUUGGUGCAUCCAGGAGGAGCCGUCGUUGCGGCCAUCGAUUAAGAGGGUGGUGCUGAUGUUGGAAGGAACCAUAGACAUACCAGAUCCUCCUACUCCACCUUCCUUUUCCAUUUCAAUAACAAACUUUGCACAAAAGUAGCUAUGACCUGAAAGCAACAAGAAACCAAAAUAGUUUUCUGGUGGCAUUUGCUUUUUGUACUAUAAGGAUUUUCAUUUGCCAUAUAUAGACUAGUUCUGAAGCUUAAUAGAAAUCAUCAAUAAUUUAAUAUUGUC